GUGUGGGCUGUCUCUUUGCCGUACUCUUAUUUAUUUUUCAAGGGAGAUGGGUGUAUUCGUGGUAUGUACAAGAAUCUCGCUGUGUACGGGCAUACACCGACCAUGUAAAUAUGCUUAUAAAAGGGUGCAAAUUGGAUACUUUUCCACCGAAGGGAGCGAGUUUAAACACUGCUGUAAUGUCCAUAAAUUUGGAAGAUAACGCCCUUACCGUCAUCACUAAAAAAAUGUUUGCUGGCCUUUCCAGCUUGACUUUUUUAUCUUUAUGGGAAAACAAUAUAAAAUCCAUUGAAGACGAUUCGUUUUCUCAUCUCGUUGCCUUGAAGAGACUGAAUUUAGGUUUUAACCAACUAACUUUCAUCAGCAAAGGAAUGUUUUCUGGACUCCCUAAUUUGACUUUAUUAAAAUUAUUGGAUAAUAAAAUAAAAUCAAUUGAAGACGAUUCGUUUUCUCAUCUCGUUGCCUUGACUGAAUUGAAUUUAGGUUCUAACCAACUUACCUUCGUCAGCAAAGGAAUGUUUUCUGGCCUUCGUAAUUUGACUUUAUUAUCUUUAUGGAAUAACAAAAUAAAAUCAAUUGAAGAUGAUUCGUUUUCUCAUCUCAUUGCCUUGACGAUAUUGAAUUUAGGUUAUAACCAACUUAACUUCAUCAGCAAAGGAAUGUUUUCUGGCCUUCGUAAUUUGACUUUAUUAACUUUAUGGAAUAGUCAAAUAAAAUCAAUUGAAGACGAUUCGUUCUCUCAUCUUGUUGCCUUGACAGAUCUAGCUUUAAUAGAUAACAAAUUAAAGUCAAUUAAAGACGAUUUGUUUUCUCACCUCAUUGCCUUGAAGACAUUGAAUUUAGGUUCUAACCAACUUACCUUCAUCAGCAAAGAAUUGUUUUCUGGCCUCCGUAAUUUGACUUUAUUAUCUUUAUGGAAUAACAAAAUAAAAUCAGUUGAAGACGAUUCGUUUUCCCAUCUCAUUGCCUUGACGGAACUAGAUCUUACAGAAAAUCCUUUAACUGAGAUUGGGGCUAAAGCUUUUGUGGCUUCCUGGUACCCUCAUGGCAUUAAAUUAAUACUUGACCAAAAUUUUCUUUGCUGCUCGCGGGUGCUCUACAAUGAAUUAAGCUAUGUUAAUGGAAACUGCACUUUUAAAGGGAGCCUAGAAAUCUUUCAUGCUUUUAAUAAAGCUAAGUGCCAAACAUCAAGUUAGCCAGGAUCUACUCACACCACGAGCAAUAAUACUGAAAUUACCUCCUGAUCUCCCUAUAGUGGGGUAGGGAUAGUAAAUAAACUCAUUUAGUACG